ACAUUUAAGCGUGAAGGAGGAUGCUGCCCAAAGGCAGAGAGAAAAGGGAGGCAGAUAUGGGCUAGCCUCUCCCGGAGCAGCAGAGACUCAUGACAGACAAGGCUAGCAGCAGGCCGGGAGGAGCUCGCUGGUGGGUCUGAGGAGAGGCAGACGAGGCUCACGGGCUUCCUGCUGCGCACGUCCUCCUGCGCUCGGAUGAGAGGGCCGACAGGCAUCUGCUCUACAGUCAAAGCCCACAAUUAGGUAUUGUAGAGAUCGACAUACCGUCCCAGGGACUCAGUGAGCAUGAAGCUUGAGGAGAAGCUUGAGGAGAAUGGGUGUGUGAGAGCACGGAGCAGGCAGCCUUGUCUCGGUGAGACGUCCCAGGCCAACGGACAGCUGAGAGCAAACGGGGCCGCUGAGGGCUCCCCAAGGAGGGAGGCAAAUGGCAAGAGCAUCGUGCCCAGAAGGAGUCUCAACGCGUACACCUGGCAGGAGAUCCAGAAGCACAACCAGGAGGGCGACCAGUGGCUGGUAAUCAGCCGCAAGGUGUACAAUGUCACCGAGUGGGCCUUCAAGCAUCCAGGUGGGCAGCGAGUCAUCACCCACUACGCUGGGGAAGACGCCACGGAUGCCUUCAGAGCCAUGCAUCUGGAUCUGGACAUGGUGACGCUGUACCUUAAGCCACUGCUCAUUGGAGAGCUUGCCCCAGGAGAGCCCAGCCAGGAGAGAAACAAAAAUCCCCAGCUGGUGGAGGAUUUUCGAGAGCUUCGCAGGACGCUGGAGGCGAUGAACAUGUUUGACGCCCACCUGGGGUUCUUCUUUCUCCACCUCGCCCAAAUCUUGAUCUUAGAAGUCCUGGCCUGGCUCAUCCUGUGUCAUUUUGGCAGUGGCUGGACUGUUACAACCUUCGUUUCCUUUCUUCUCACAAUUUCACAGGCGCAGAGCUCAUUUUUGCAGCAUGACAUAGGGCACCUUUCUAUGUUUAAGAAGUCCAAGUGGAACCAUCUGAUGCACAAAUUUGUCAUGUGCCACCUCAAGGGCCUGUCUGCAAACUGGUGGAAUUACCGACACUCCCAACAUCAUGUCAAGCCAAACAUCUACCCCAAAGACCCGGAUAUUGACAUGGGCCCACUGUUCCUGCUUGGAGAGUCCCAGCCUGUCAAGUAUGGAAAGAAGAAAAUCAAGUACAUCAACUAUGAAAAGCAGCACCUGUACUUCUACAUGGUCGGGCUCCCCUUGCUCAUGCCUGGGUAUUUUAAUGUGCAGUCCAUGCAAGUGAUGUACCUUCGAAAGUACUGGGUGGACAUUGCGUUCGUCAUCAGCUUUUACAUUCGGCAUUUCAUCACAUUUGGCCCUUUCUAUGGAAUUUUUGGAACCCUGUUGCUCAUAUAUUUUGUCAAGCUGCUUGAAAGCCCCUGGAUCGCAUAUGUGACCCAGAUGAGCCACAUUCCCAUGAGGAUGAGUAGAGAGGAGAACCGAGACUGGCUCAGCACCCAGGUCUUGGCCACCUGCAACAUUGAGCAGUCUUUCUUCAACGACUGGUUCACGGGUCACCUGAACUUCCAAAUCGAGCACCACCUUUUCCCUACCAUGCCUCGCCAUAACUACCACAAAGUGGCACCGCUGGUGAAGUCCCUGUGUGCCAAGCACGGGUUGCAGUACGUGAAUAAGCCCAUGCUGGUGGCAUUUGGAGACAUCGUUAGGGCUUUGAAGAGAUCUGCAGCCCUCUGGGUGGACGCUUACUACGAGUGACAUGGUACCUCGCAGCCCAUUGCGUCGCUGAAGGGGGUUGCUGGCUGCAGAGAGCUCUUUGCUGUUUACCUGGGAAUUAACAGGCACUGCUGGCAUGCCUGCCUGUGCCUGGCAUGUGGCCUCAAGGAUUCAUGACCAUCGUGUACCCGAAGGCAGAUGGAAACAAGAAGCAGGAGAAGCACAAGAUGACGUUGACCGGGGUGGCAAGCGGGCAAUGGGACUGUGUUGUCUUUAUUUCUUCCUGAUGAUCUUGAACUCUGUCUAUCAGUAGACCUUAGUUAGAUCGCAGCAUCCAGAGGGCAGAAGGACCGGAAUCAGGUAAACCUUCCCAGAGAAAAUGGGGUCAGAGGAAGUGGGCCGAAAGCAACCCCUCUGACAGAGCCUUUGGGGAACAGUGCGGCUGCUCUUAGAAGAGAAUAAUUUUUUUAAGUGAUUCCUGUUGAAGCACAAAUUUUCACUUGUUUCUUUUCAAAUAUGUAAGAUUCUUCUUCUUUAAAA